CCAAUUAGCCGUUUAGCUACUGCAUUUGAAAGCCAACUUCCAAUACGCCAACGUCAUCAAACAAUGUUGGCGCUGCGUUUGUACUUUGCACGGCUACGGCGCGGCCGGCGCGUUGAGCCCUCAAUGAAAUGCGUUCAGUCCGCGACCGCAUCGCGCGCUUUAUGAACGUACCCGCUCAAAUUUGAAUUUCGAAUUCGAACGUUCGAAAUAUAAGACGCGCCACGAACUAUUUUAUUUGACAUUUAUUUUUUUUAAUAACGAAUCGAUUAUUUUUGACGUGCAUUUUUGCGAUUUUUUUUUCUUAAAUUUUUGUUACAUUUACCAUCGUGUUUGUGUUGUGUUUUUUUUUCAAAAAGUCUUAUUUGGAAAAUGUUCUGCGCUUCUUUCUGUUCUUCGUCAGAAUAAUCGGUCGCAUCGUAUAAUUUUUUGAACGUUCCGGAGCAGCGCCCGGAGGCCGCGGAGAUGCAGGCGCGGCACAGCUACCUGUGGCAUCUCCUCAUUGAUCUGCCCAUCCUUAUAUUAGUUGCGGCGAUUUGUAUAUUAUUGGAGGUGGGGGCGCUGCCGAGCCGACGCGGCGGGUUCACAUGCAACGACCCGGCGCUCGCCUACCCGCACACCGGGGAUACCUUCUCUAUAUCCUUUGUUGCUGCCAUCACAGUCAUCGUUCCUUUCCUUGUUAUGUGGGGAGUGGAGACAAUACUCCACCAAGAUGAUGAGUACACGAUGAAGAAGAACAAACUGAUCUCAAGUGCAAAGACCGCGUCUCUCAUGUAUAGAGACUAUAUUUACGGCUCUGUAGUCAAUUUGACUGUACUGGAAGUUGUCAAGUGCGUGGUUGGCUCGCCCAGACCGACCUUCUUUGAUUUAUGUCAGCCGGAUAAAGCGAGGACUUGCAAUAAUUCGGAGUAUGUCAGUAGCUACACUUGCACCUCAACCAAGUACUCGAGAUAUCUUCAGAUCGAUUCCAGUCGGAGCUUCCCGUCUGCGCACGCGUCUCUCUCUAUCUACUGCGGGUUCUUCAUAGCUUGGUACUUGCAACGGAGAGCGUUCAGCUGGCGCAGCAGGUCAGUGCUGGUGGUACCCCUACUCCAGACAUUGGCGGUCCUGUACGCUGCGGUAUGCGCGCUGUCCCGCCUCACUGACCGACGUCAUCACUGGUGGGAUGUACUCGCUGGAGCUGUGAUGGGUUUUCUUACUGUUCUCUAUACGGUGCUAGUUCUGUGCAAGAACUUCUCGCAACCGUCAGUUGUAAGCACAAGUGAUAUCAGCAGCAGUGACGGCAACAACCAUCAAUCGGUGCGACGGUUGCUGGCCAGCGAGCCACGGGUCGUGGUCCCCUAGCCCGAGUCAGUCUAGACCACACGGUCUUGUCUUGGACCAGUCGGUCUAAACUAGCGAGACGUCUAAACGUGCGAUCGUUUGAAGAGUGGUGGUAGAUAUCGUCAGUUUGAUCAUUAAGAGAUUACUUUGACCAGAUUUACCUGACCUCUAGACAGCGGUCUUAAAUGGAACACGUAGUGAAGUUCGUAGUACCCUAGUAGUUCAAGUGAUUUGUGGCAGCUAACAAUGAUCUUAAAUCGAAGUGACAAGUAUAAAAUAAAAUGGUCGGUGAAGAGACAAAAGUGGAUGUGAAAGAAGAAAAGUAACGACGAUAUUUUAGUAGAUAAUAGAAGAUUAGUUUUCAAAGACAAUAUUUCAUUUUUCUUGUAAAGCCGAGCAAAGUAAUGUAAAGAUAUGAAAACAUGUUUGACAAAUAGAGCUUUAGUAAUAAUUUAGUGUUUAUAAAGAUAUUCUGCGUGUAAUUAAAUCAAUUUGUGAGUUCAUAUUUUAUACUUUUACUGCGUAGAUUGAAACGCAUAUCAUUAUAAGCUUUGUCAGGAAAUCUACUUACAAGAAAUUACGAAAUUCGAUAAAAGAAUUUCAACAAAAACUGCAAAAUAAUAAAAUUGUACUUUAUUUAUUAUAUAAAAGUGAUGUUUAUUUGGGUUAAAAUAACUGCAAACGUGGUUAAAUCAUUAAUAGGCAUAAAAUAUCGUAACAAUGCAAUUUACAACGUAAACAAAAAUUAUUAUGAAGAUUGAAUUUUUUCAAUUAAAGCAUUUGUUUGAAAACUAUUGCUAUCUCUAUUUUUGUUAAAGGGAAUAAGGGAGAUGACAAUAUGUUUCUGUAUCCGUGCUUAAUUUGGCAAACUCGUACCUCGUACGUGACAAGAAAAAUUGUAAUCUUCCGUCAUUUUUUCCCGCUUUUUCUCAUUAUUGUCUUAAGUAUUUAUUUAUUUAAAUACUUCAUGAUAUUUUAUUUAUCCAGUGAAGAUGUUUGAAACAUUAUAUUUAUAAAUUUGAAGAUGUUAAGACUUUUGUAGACAUAAAAAGUAAUUAUUAUUUAAAUUGAAAAUUUGACAGUUGAAAUAUAUUUAAAACUUUUAGAACGAAACAUAGAUAAAAGAUUUUUUUGCCAUGACAAAUAAAGAUUACUAGCUAAAAUAUAGAUUCUAUCGUAGUUUCUCCUAGAUAAUAGACACAUAAUGUUAAUAAUUUACAAAUGUAGUUUGGUGCGUUAAAUGAAUAGUGCUUGCAAACAUAGUUCUAGUUUCCAUGUCUAAGGCCCUUCGUACACAAGGCAAUAUAAAUCGUCGAAACUAAUAUUAUAUAGCAUCGCGAAUCGUCGACGCACGUUGUCUAUUCUGGUAAAGGCAUUACAUGUCAAAUAAAUAUGAUCCGCCAUCUUGAAAUUUUUGACAAACAUAGAAAUGUCAACGCGUGCUCUGUACAAGCCUCUAUAAAGUUGUAGUUUCGAGGAUACGUUGCCUUGUGUAUGAAGAGCCUUAUUCCACUGGCGCAGUCGUUGCUGUUUGUAAUUACAAUCCCGUGUUAUUAAAGUCGCGUGGCUGAUUCUUUACAAUAGUAAAUAUAUUUACAGUAAUAUGAAAUAGUCAAAUUGUAAUAAAGCUUCAUAUUUUUCUGAAUAAUAUAAAAAAUAGUAGUAAUAGUAUAAAGGUUUAUUCCACUUGGAUCAUGUAGAUGAUACUCGUAUCACCUGUUUGAUCAAUGUGGAAUAUAUCAUUAAUAGAACAAAAUGGGUCAUAAUUCUACUUACGAUUUAUUUAUUAUUAAUUUAAAUUGUAAUUAAUUAAUUUAAGGACCUUCGAAAGUAUUUAUUGUACAGUACCUGUCUAGUCUUAAGUGAUAUUAAUGUGAGGAUUAGUCUAUAAUUUUAAAUACGAAAUUAUGACAUUUUUUGCCCACCUAUCUGUUUGUUUUGGCUUUCUCUGAAUACGUACCAAAUAUAUUGUCAUCUCAGUCUUUUUCGUUGAGAGUGAAAGAGAUGACAGUAUGUUGUGUUUGGAUAUAUCAGCAGUAGAAUCCAAGGGUUAUUUGACUACGUCUUUUGUAAACGACUGGAACAAUAACAUUCCUUCGCAUUUAGAUUUAAUGAAUUCUUCGCCUAGUUUGUUGUAGUGUUGUAAAUAUUUUAAUAUUUCUGACUGUACGUCUAUGUGAAUUAAAUAAAAUGAUUUGAUGAUUUUAA